UGACAAUCAGGCCAAGUGGUUCAAUUGCUGACCUGGUGUGGAUAUCACUCUAACAUCUACCUGUUGGUUGAGCAUUAAAUAUAUUUCAUUGUUAUCCUGCCGCACUCCGGGCUUUUCCUUUGAUUAGUCGUCUACAUGGCUGCUGUCGUCGCUAACCCAACCCCGGCUGCUGAGCCAAAUGUUCAGCAGCCCGAGAAGCCAACAACUAGACCUGAGAGGCCAAAUGAAGAAGCCUACAAAGAAAAUCUUGCAAAGGCUGAAAAAGAGCUUGCAUCUGUUCAGCAGAAAUUGGAGGCAGUGAAGUCAAAGCUGGAUCUCGGAACCCCGCGCAACCAAGACUCGCCAGUUGCAAAGAAACAGCAGGAACUGCGCUCCCAACUUGCAUCCAUCCGCCAACAACAGCAAGGGUUCAAAGCAUCUCGCGCCAGCUUGCAGGAGAAGAUUAAUGCGCUCGAUAAUUCAAUCAAGUCUCGUAUUGCCGAGCAAAAGGCUGCCCGAGGCCGAGUGGGCUUCAAAAAUGUCGAAGAAAUCGACCGCGAAAUCCAGCGUCUCGAGAGACAGGUCGAUUCUGGUACCAUGAAGCUCGUCGAUGAAAAGAAGGCUCUUGCGGAAAUUUCCAGCCUCCGGAAGCAACGAAAGGGUUUCUCCGGGUUUGAAGAAACCCAGAAGCAUAUUGAUGAUCUCAAAUCUCAAUUGACUACCUUGAAAAAGGGCCUCGAUAACCCCGAACAAAGGACUCUCAGUGACAAAUAUACGGCCAUUCAAAAAGAGUUGGACGAAAUCAAAGCUGAACAGGAUGGUGUAUUCAAAAACAUUAAAGCUCUUAGAGAUGAAAGAAGCCAGCUCCAGGGCCAGGUGCAAAAAGCUCGUGCUUCAGUGAGGGAGAUCAAGGAUACUUACUACACCGCUCGAAAAGCUUGCAGAGAGUAUGAGCAAGAGUUAGAGCGAAUCCGCAAGGAACGCCAAAGAGCCGAAAGAGAGAAAUAUGAGCGGGAGAGAAAGAAGAAGAUCGCCGAUAAGAAGUUGGAGGAAGCUUCCCGACCAGCCUACACGGACGAGAUUCUCACCGCUCAAGGCCUCAUUCGUCACUUUGAUCCCAACUACGACCUUUCAUCCCUUGGCUUGGCCGAGGAUAAAAAGACCCAGUCUGGCAACUUCCGUGCUGAAAUUGGCAGAACAGUUGACGAUGCCAACAUGAAAGGAGUCCGCGUCGUGAGAAAAGAAGACCGUGACGAUGACUACUUCGUUGGUGGUGGAGGAAAGAAGAAUAAGAAGGGAAAGAAAGGAGCAGCGACCAGCGAAACUAAGUCACAAUUUAACCUUAGUUUCGGCGUCAUCGAAGAAUUUUCCCGCGUCAAGGUGGAUCCCCCAAUGAAUCAGUCCGACGUUCCAGCUGUGAUCGAAAAGCUUGUCGAGAAACUGCGCGAUUGGAAGAAGAAUCAAGCUGCCAAGACUGACGAGAACAUAAAGAAGGCAAGGGAAGAGCUUGCCAAGCUCGAGGAAGAGGAGACAUCUGUCAACGGUUCGACUGACCAUGCGAAGAAGCAAGCCAUCAAAAAUGCAGGUGUCAACGGCCAUGUCUCUGCUGAAGCUGAACUCAAGCAAGAAACCGAUGCUGUUGCCGACGUCGCCGAAGAACUUAAGGAGGCUAAGCUUGAAGAUAAAAACUAGACACUUCCAAUUCACCGGGCUUCAUGCCCAGCAGAUAAAAAUGUUCUUUAAAGAUAGAACUUUACCGCAGAACUAAUGACUACCCCCUUACAUAUCACUCUCCUAUCCCUUUCAUUAUAUGGCCACUUUCGCCUUCUCUGUUAAUUCUUUUUAGGCCACCCUAGUUCCCACUCUCUAGAGCAGCUUUUUCCUGGGCUGCUUCAAAUUUUUCUGUGUUAUUAACAUUUAACCCCCCUUUGUUAUUUCCUGUUCUUUGCUUUAAUGAUGGAAAUGAUCUAAGCGAUGUUUGGUAUCUAGCUAGUA